AUGAGCACAUUCAAACCGAGCUACGACGAAGUGGUGAUGUCAGCUCGCGUAUGUCCGUUGCCGAUGCGACGUGAGCGUAGUGACCUUUGUGCGUCGUCCGUCAUGCGGUUAGCCAGACACACGGAACGCAGUCCUGGACCCACAUGCACAAUGAGCACGGCCGUAAAACCGCUGCAAACGGCGAUUCCAAAACGCCAGCCAUUACGGCCGCCCGACACGGCGUGCGAUCCAAAAAUGAUAAGCAACUGUAUCGAGGAGUUGAGAAGGAGAAGGCUCCAGCUAACAAAUGAGCGAUCGCCAGAGCAGCCAUCCCAGUUCACCAGUCCAAAAAUUUCGCUGAGGGUUCCCAGAAGUGGUUUGGGUACAAUGGGAGUAGAUUGGGGUGUACCCAUGUUGCAGAAUGAAGUGAUGAAAGUGGUAUGGGGGAACCUCGAUGAGGAAGGGAUUCGUUGUACUGAACUAACAGAGAAAACUGGUAUUCGUGAAGUACUCGUU